GAGGGAAAGAGCCACCUGCUUCUGAGCAGUCGGGGCUGGCGAGCUGUUUGCUCCUCCGUCGCAGAGACCCGCCGCCGCUGGCGCCCCCGCCUGCGCCUCCAACUUCUUUCGCUGCCGCCCCACAGAGCUCGCCUGGAAAGUUCCUGACCGCUUUCCCUUUGGGAAAGAAUCACGCCGCCGCCGCCUUCUCUGCGAAGGAGCGCCGGAGAGAGGAGCAGCGCUCGCCUUCGCCUUCCGUUCCUUCCUUCCCUUCAGGAGGAGCAGCGCCCCAAGUCGCCGUUCGCUUGGCGCUUCGCGGGGAGGCGGGAUGGAGACCCCCUCUGCCGCCGCCUCUUCCCGUCGCGAGCUGCAGCCACCGUCGCCGCUGCUUCUCCUGGGCUUGCUGCUCUCUGCCCUUUGCCUGCGGCCAGGACUUGGAUUGUACACAGUAAACACAGUAUAUGGAGAUACCAUCAUUUUGCCUUGCCAUGUAGAAGUUCCUAAUGACCUUAUGUUUGGAAAAUGGAAAUAUGAAAUUGCAAACAAGGCUUCAGCAUUUAUUGCCUUCAGAUCUGCAAUCAAAAAAAAUGUACAAUAUGACGAUGUACCGGAAUACAAAGACCGAUUAACUCUCUCAGAAAAUUAUACCCUAUCAAUUACUAAUGCAAGAAUUGGUGAUGAAAAGAAAUUUGUAUGCAUGCUUGUCACAGGGGACAAUGUCUUUGAAGAGGCUACAAUAGUCAAGGUGUUCAAACAGCCAUCACAACCUGAAAUUAUAAAUCAAGCAAACUUUCUAGAAACAGAACAGCUAAAAAUGCUUGGGGAAUGUAUUGCAAAAGAUGGUUAUCCAGAGGGAAACCUAACAUGGUUCAAAAAUGGAGUUGUUCUGCAACCUGUAGAAGGAGCCGUUAUCAUAACUGAGCAAACAAAUGUGGAUAAAGCCAGUGGACUCUUCACCGUGACAUCUUCUCUAGAAUAUAAGCCAACAAAGGCUGAUACCAAUGCACAGUUCACCUGCACAGUGACAUAUUUUGGGCCAACUGGACAAGAAACAAUACGGUCAGAAUCGGUGGUCUUUGACAUUCACUAUCCUACAGAGAAGGUUAACAUUCAGGUGCUUUCACAAAAAAAUGCAAUUACAGAAGGUGAUAACAUCACCUUAAAAUGUUCAGGAAAUGGUAAUCCCCCACCGCAGCAGUUUUUGUUCUACAUUCCUGGAGAACCAGAACCUAUACAAAGUUCUAGUCUUUACAUAUUAACAGAUGUAAGAAGAAAUGCAACAGGGGAAUACCGGUGUUCCCUGACCGAUGAAAGUUUGGUGGAUUCCACUAUAAUUACUGUGCAUUAUUUGGAUUUGUCACUUACUCCCAGUGGAGAAGUUAUUAAGCAGAUUGGAGAAGCACUGCCUGUAUCCUGUACAAUCUCUUCCAGUAGAAAUGCCACUGUUCUCUGGCUGAAGGACAAUAAGAGAAUGCGGUCAAGUCCAUCUUUUUCAAGUUUACAUUACCAAGAUGCAGGAAAUUACAUCUGUGAAACUACUUUACAGGAGGUUGAAGGGUUAAAGAAAAGCGAAAUACUUACACUGAUAGUACAAGGAAAACCUCAGAUCAAAAUGUCAAAAAAAACAGGCCCAGAUGGAUCACAUAAAGUCAUAGCCUGUCAGGUGGAAGGGUUCCCCAAACCAGUGGUACAAUGGACAAUGAGUGGAGGAGCCAUAAACAAAACAGAGGAGACUAACUUUGUCAAUGGAAAAUUUAUUAGUAAAAUUGAAAUUGCUCCUGAAGAGAAUGUUACAGUAACAUGUAUUGCUGAAAAUCAGCUAGAAAGAACUGUGACUUCUAUGAACGUAUCUGCUAUAAGUUUCCGAGAACCUGAUGAACCAGAAGAAAAAAAUGAUGGUAAUAGGGAAAGUGUUAAUGACCAGGCAAAACUAAUAGUGGGAAUCGUGGUUGGUCUUCUUCUAGCUGCUUUGGUUGCUGGUGUUGCUUACUGGUUAUACAUGAAGAAAUCAAAGGAUGUCAACGGAGAGUCUGAGAAGGAAGCAGCACAGAACAUUCAAACCCUCCCGAGAUCAGCCUCAAAACAUGUAGAUAAAGAUCUUGGGAAUAUAGAAGAAAAUAAGAAGUUAGAAGAGAACAACCACAAAUCAGAAGCUUGAGAGAAAACUAGUCAGUCACCAUUCCAGAGGAUAAGCAUUGACCAACUGAAGCAUGAACAUGGAUUGUAUUUAAGAUAUAUAUGAAGACGUGAUGGCUAUUCAUGGUUCAAGUAUUACACAGACCAUUCUCUCAAGUUUUCAAAGGAAUUUACACUGUUAUCUCAAGCUUACAAAAGUAUCAGCAAAACUAAUUUUGGCAGCAGCCGUGAUAAUAGGUCACAAAUUUGUGUUCUGUUUGAAUAUAUAUUUUUUUUGUAAAUGUCUGCACUGAAGAUUUCUUUUGGUUUGCCUUUAUGUAAAUUUUUUACGUAGCUAUUUUUAUACACUGUAAGGCUUUGUUCUGGGAGUCGCUGGUAAUCUGAUGUAUAGUGUAAUGUUUUUAUUUCCAUUGGUUUUCGCACCCUUUAAAGGAGGUACAUUUCUAAUUCUGAUUGCUAUCAGUAAAGCUCCUACUUUGCACAGCAAGUAUUUAAUUUAUAAGAUUGCCUUAUGGGAAAAUGAGACACUUCUUUCUCUGUUUUUCAAACACUACUGAAGAAAAAGGGGGAAAUGCAUCUGUAAAAAAAAUAUGAAAAAGAUAACUAACCAGUUUAUAAAAUAAUGAAAACCUGAUCACCUAUAAAGGACAUGUAUAUAAUUGCCAAAAGAAGAAUCAGGUAGUAAGCAAGAUUCAUGUUGUCAUGUACACAGAUGUCUACUAAUAAGUCUUUUUUAGACAGGAAAAUCUUUUUAUUGAUAGCAUUCUGGAAAACUAAUUGUUCUUGCAGUUCCAUGAUAUAUAGUGUGAAUGACUGGAAUUAAGAAUUAGUUCUGAAAUAUUUUUGUUAUCCACUGCCUUAAAAAUUAUCUUUCUGUUUAAUUUUUAAAAAAAUAAUAAUCAGUCAGAAUUGGAGGUUUGGUGUUUGGUUUUUUUUAAAGUGAUCAUAUCAAAGCUGCAUUUUUCCACAAAAUAGAAUAUAUAUUUUUGUGUGUGUGCGUUUUUGUUAACUACACUACAGAUAUUGCACCUUGAAAUAAUUUUAGUGUUUUUAACUGGUACAUAAUUUAUCAAGGAGUACAUGAAAUUGUAACAAUGAAAUGAAAUCUAUGUAUCUUUAGUUACAUUCAAGAUUGUAACUUUAUAAACCUGUUUUAUGCUUGAGAAUUUUUUUAGAAAGUUAGCAUAAAAAGAAACAUUUGGAUAGAUCAGGGCAAAUAGGCAGCAGUAUUAAGCAAUGUUUCCUCUUAGCAGAAGACUAGCAUCUGGGAGAAUGUAGUAGAUAAUUUUGAUAAUGGCAGGAAGAUGUUACUAAACUAAGCUUCAGGUUUCUGUUUACAGAUUUACGAGCCAGGGAAACAGGAAGAUUCUGAAGAUUGUGGGACGGUUAAGUAGAAGGAAAAUGAGAUGGAAAUUAGGAAAUGUAUUUUGCCACUUAGGGGAGAAAAAACACUGUUGUAAAUUUGUAAAAUGUUGAAUGUCUGGGCAGUAGUGACUGAUGUCUUAAAUAAAAGCUUCCUGUAGUGUAUUGGCAUGGAUUAAAUACAUGAAAUGUCCUAUAAAUUCAAUACUGUAUAAAAUAUUACAGAAGAAUCCUGUUAAAAGUCCUCUCAGCAUUGGUUAAGGCUUUAUUUGGCAAGGGAACAAAAUUAAUCUUGGUCAAUGUUUAAACCAAAGUUAAAAGGGGGAUAAAACCAAAGUCUUUUGUUUUGCAUGGCUAAGCCAUUUAUGAUCUUUGUAAAUACUGUGAUUUUUCUUUUUCUCCUUUCUUUUUUUUAGAAUUUUGUUUAAAAAAAUUCUAAAAAUUUUAAAGCACCUGUUUUCCAAAAUAAAAUGUGAACACACACAAAAAAAGGUUAUAUACAAUUUGUUUUGGUGUGAAGACAACACUGCUUAUAAAGAGAAAAUUCAGUUGAUGUGAGUAAAGGGAAGGGAAAAAAGAUUUCCAGUGUAACGAAAUGUCUUUGAAUUAUAUGAAAUAUAAGCAUACAAGGAAUAUAUAACCAUUAAGGAAAGGAACUCUUCUGGUCUGUAAAAGGAACAAUCCACACAACUGACGAGACCUGAACCAAGAGUGGAGACCAUAAAUGAAAGUGCUUAACUUCCCGCAUCCAGUAUCAUCAUGAGAAAGGAAUAAAAACACUCAGCUUUUGAAGUUCUACUGAUCAUCCAAUGUAAUUCUCGGGGGUGUUUUCUUCACUGUUCAGAGUUCACAUCAGACAUGUUUCAGGAAUCAACAGUACAAAUUAAUCAUUGCCAUUCAUGCCUGAAAGACAAUAAAAGUGAAGUAUGUUUUCACA